CCUAAGGCCGCAUCAGCUCUACCUCUACCAAUAUUGAGCGGUUACGAGAGAGCGGGCAGCGAAUCCUGGCAAGUGGGAGAGCGAUUUCAGUACUCCAGAAAGAGUUGUGCCCGAACCAAGCCGAAGGCGCUUUUGCCGAGUGCAAAUCGUCAUGCUCCAUCACAUCGUAUGCCGUCAAUGGAACAGGUCAUUGAUCAAAAGAAAAGAAAACGAAUAUUCGCUGAAGGAACGGAGCUGUUCAAUCAAAGUCCAAAGAAAGGCAUUGAAUACCUACGAGAAAAGGGUCUGCUCGAUGCUGAUGCUAAAAGUGUAGUGAACUGGUUGCGAACGAAUCCACAGCUUGAUAAAAAGAAGAUUGCAGAUUAUAUUUGCAGUAGGAAACACGCUGAUGUGUUAGAGGCAUUUGUGCAAUCGUUCCCCUUCGAGAAUACGCGCUUGGACGACGCUUUACGCAUGUUUCUUGAGACAUUCCGUCUGCCGGGAGAAGCAGCAGAGAUCAGCAUGGUUAUGCAACACUUUUCUGGUGAGGCCUUUUAUACUACUUCAAUGUAA